GAGAGAGAGAGAGCAAAAGAAAGAGUGGGCAGCCACUCUGGUGCACUCUGGUGGUUCUCGCAGCAGCGUCACUGUUUGCUUCAUCUCCCAACAGUCCAACUGUGGCAUUGUGGCUCAUGCAAGAUUCAGCGAAAACACAGCAAACUAAUCCCAGUGGACGCAUUUAAAUGGACAAGGGCGGGUUUUCUUCUCUAAAACUUGUUGUUUUUUUAAUUUUAAUAUUUGGACAUUUUUCGUGGAUUCAUAAAAGUGCUGCAACUCCAUGAACUACUAUUUUUUGGCUUUGUGGACAGCGUGGAUACAUGUUUUUGGAGAUCAUGUUGCUGUUGCCUAGACCAAAAGAACUUCCACAGGCAAUCACAUCUUUGGAAACAUGGAGAGCCUCUACUGCCUUUUGAACGCUGCCAAACAAGACUCCCAGAGUGAGAAAUCUUCUUCUGACUGAACUGAGCUGGUGAAUAAUGGAUGGAAACCUGAGCGCUUCAGCAUCCUUGGGGUUUAACACAACCAAAACCUACCACGAUGCGUUGGGACACUGGAGCCUCAUCAUACUGGUCACCAUCAUUCUGAUCAUAGUGGUUGGCAACCUGCUGGUCAUCAUCGCUAUAGCGCGUACUUUGCAACUACAGACGACAACAAACAUUUUCAUCAUGUCCCUGGCAUGUGCGGACCUCAUCAUGGGAGUCCUUGUGGUGCCUCUGGGGGCCACAAUAGUGGUGACGGGUGACUGGCAACUCAGUCGCACGUUUUGUGAGUUCUGGACUUCUGUGGACGUCCUGUGUGUGACAGCGAGCAUCGAGACACUGUGUGUCAUAGCAGUGGAUCGGUACAUAGCUAUUACCAGGCCGCUCCGACACAAGGUUCUACUCAGUAAGCGGCAUGCCAGGAUAAUAGUUUGUUUAGUGUGGGUUGUGUCUGCCUUAACUUCCUUUGUGCCAAUUAUGAAAGGGUACUGGCGUGCAGGAGAAGAAGACUCAGAAGCGCACAAGUGCUACAAUGACCCUGCAUGCUGUGACUUUGUGACCAACAGGGCCUUUGCUAUUAUAUCUUCUAUAGUGUCUUUUUACAUUCCACUGCUCAUAAUGAUAUUUGUGUAUGCUAGAGUCUUUCUAAUAGCGACACGGCAGGUCCAGCUCAUAGAUAAGAAUCGCAUGCGUUUCCAGAAUGAGUGUACAACAGCACAGACGCAAGUUGGCUCCCAUGCCAACAAUAUCCUGCCAUCGGCCUGUGCAGGCUCCAGCGGCUGCAACAGCGCAGCGAGGAGAAAGAGUGCCAAGCGAAGGCCAUCACGGCUAAUACUGGUCAAAGAGCACAAGGCCCUCAAGACUUUGGGUAUCAUCAUGGGGACUUUCACUGUGUGCUGGCUGCCGUUCUUUGUCGCCAACAUCAUCAACGCUUUUAAUAGAGACAUUCCCCCUGAGAAAGUCUUCCGACUGUUAAACUGGCUGGGUUACAUCAACUCCGGCCUCAAUCCUAUCAUCUACUGCAGGAGUCCAGAGUUUCGUACUGCGUUCAAGAACCUGCUGGGCUGUCUGUGGCUGUCCACCCUGCAGCUCAAUACUUUCUAUAAAGAGCUGCGGACUCGCUGCUCCUGCUUUCUGUGGCAAGCCGAAUCAGGCAUGGCUAGCUCUUUCCAAAAGUCUCCGACCAGUGCGACUGAGGUCUGCGAGAGCCUGGCCAGUUCACAGGGAAGCAGCAAAAGUGAGGAGGCUUCCUCUGGUGCUCUGCAAUCCAACGGCAGCACACAGUUCAGUGAAUUAUCAGAACCAGAAGCCAAAUUCUUCACACUGCAGGAAAAGGACGGAUGAACUGUAAAAUGUCAAGCUACUGAAAGAGACUCUGUUCUCCAGCCGUUACUGUGAUUCCUGCAAAGGCUGAGACCAAACAGCAGUGAGGACAAGCUAAAGAAGAGUACAACCACUGGCCCUGAGAAACAUAGCUGAAUCCCAGAGAGGUGACUGGAUUGACUGUAUGGAAAAGAGGCGGGAACACUGUGACUGUCUCUGUGGACAAGAGAUGGCCUACUGCAACUCAGCACUUUACAGACAUUAGCUGACACCAAAGUUGAACUUCCCAGUGUCAUCUCAAUACUGUUUGCAAAAGACUCUGCGCUCCUGAAUAAGGCAAUACUUAAGUGCAAGGUUUAAAUGCAUUCCAGUAAACCUCUGGACACAGUGUACGUGGCCUGCGGUUUCAAAUAUGACAGCAUAAACUCUUUUUGUACAGUAUAUUAUUUGGUAAGUUAUCUAUUUAUGAAUCUGUAGCAAAUUACAAAAGUUGCCUGACUUGAUAAAAGGUCGUAAUUGUGGCAAGGCUGCCUUUACUGUCCAGUUAAGAAACAUUUGUUCUCAUCACACAAACUGUUCAGUGUAAUAUCAGUGAGAAAAAAAAAGGGGGCUGUGGAUUCAAAUACUCAGUUCUGGUGUCUGUUUUCAGUCUUAACUUUUCUGUUUUGAGCUGGGACUCUGUCUGUAUCUGCACAAUAGUUAUCUUGCUUAAAUCCCCUAGUCUGUAUUAAGUUCUACCAUGACUAUGAAAAAUGGCUGUUUUCUAUCUGUAUAAAAUAUUAGAUGACAUCUCAAUUACAAUUCAUUACAGUUUAACAAUCUGUAUAAGUUAUUGUGCAAGGUACAGUAUUAAAAAUUACAGAAAAACAUAGCAUAAUAUGUCUGCUACAUGCUGCCAUGCUGUGUUGCCAGAAAACUCCCUAACCUUUUUUUUUUCUUUAGUAAGUGGUCAUGGUAUAAGCUCAAUAACAAACUCUGAAAUGUCCAAAUAUAGAAAAAUAAUGACUUGAUGUCAUCCAUUAUUUUGUUGUAUUGGGACACCUUGUCGUGCGUUAUUACUUACAUAACAUCAUCUGUUGCAUUGAAAAAAUAAAAUAUAAAACUGUG